GUUCAUCCAACAGCUUACUUUCUUUCAAUAUUUACGACAUAUCUCGUAUCCUAGCAGUAUGGACUCCAAGACCGCAUCAAAAAUGCCAGAGUACCUUCCACCACCAUUCCCAGGGCCACCACGCUUUUACCAUGGGACAAGCCGCGGUUGCUCCAGCCUUGUAGCAGCCGUUUUGACCGCGGCGGUGCUGGCCUCUGGGUUGAUCGCAGCGGCUAUCAUAUUUCGAAGCGGUGGGUACCCCGUGGCAAUGUGCCCAGCUGUGGGCAACCAGGUGGCUCAACCUAUGACCUUGAGUGGAAACAAGGUCAAGAGAGCUGACUUGACGAACGAAAAGGGUGAUCAUUUGACGGAAGCCUUCGACUAUGACAGACAAUCCAACACCUUUCUCAUCGACUCUCCAGCAAACAUCACCGAGAGCUCCAACGCUGCCACCAUCGCGGUGGACAUCAACCGGUCUGUCAUGUUCGUGCGUUUCCACGAUUCCAACAUUUGCAUCGGCCUCGUGAUCGAAGACGACUUCGCCCACCGAGUACGCGAUUACGUCGAGGAGAACGGCCAAAAUGAGAUCGACAUAUCUAGUGUCGCAUUCAACUUCAAGAAAUACCGCCUAGACGGCCAGAUCCCGGCCGCCUACUUCCAGGACACCAAUGGGCCGGUCAUCCGCAGCCUAUGCGCUGGGCGCAACACGUUCUGGGCUCAAGACGUGACCGUGGAGAAGCACGCUCGUCUAAGGCGUCACGGGAGGACCUCCAACAUGUUUUGUGUCUGCUUUGCAAACGCCUGCGAUUGCGGAUGCGGCAACCCUCCUCCGGAUCCAACCAAUACCUGUUUUGCCUGUUAACACGCCCCUUGAGCACUCCACAGAGUGGAUUUGGCGCGAUAUAAGUUACAUUAUUAUUAUUAUUAUUAUUAUACCUAAAUAUUUGACCCUGCGUCGUUUGCCAUUAGUCUUUAAAACUAAUGAAGCAAUUUUGUAGUAGUAAUCCAGGUAUUUGAAAUUAAAAUUAAAAUUAAAGGGAUAGUUGAGUUCUGUUUUCAGAC